GAGCCAAUUAAAUUAUAGAAGACCAUUUUAAGAUUAAUAAUAAUAGGAAAUAUUUCAUUUGUAAAUUUAUUAAAAUGAAUACAUUUGCUAAAAAAUUAUGUAUAAAUGUAUCUUCAUAUUUCAAAUUAUUUAUGGGGAUUUACAUAUCUUUCAACCUUUUUUGGUUGGUAUAAUAUGUGUGCUAAAUGAAAUCUAGUGUUAAAAAAAGGAAAAGUACCAGUGUUUGGUGCAUUGCAAACAUGUUUUUGUAUUAAAUUUGAUAAAAACUUGCAUGAAAAUAUGCAAGACCAUUGUGAAAAUGAGGGAGAAGAUAGCAGUGCCCCUCAUUCUGAAAUAAUAUGCGCGGGGUGUCUCAAUGCAAUUGAUGAUGAAGAGUUUGUAUCUGCGCUUGGACAAGAAUGGCAUAUGGAAUGCUUCAGAUGUUCCGCAUGUGAUGCUUCUUUAUCCAACUGGUAUUUCGAAAAAGACGGUCUUCUUUUUUGUAAAGACGAUUAUUGGGCACGUUAUGGAGAAUCUUGUCAACAAUGUAGCCAGAUAAUAACAGGACCUGUAAUGGUAGCCGGAGAACAUAAAUUUCACCCUGAAUGUUUUUGUUGUGGAUCUUGUAGCGCAUUUAUAGGAGAUGGUGAUUCUUACGCCCUUGUGGAACGUUCCAAACUAUACUGUGGACAAUGCUAUAAAAGGCAAAUGCAACCUUUGCAGAAAACUGCGGGGUUUCCUUUUGCUCGUAAACCACAUUCUAUACGUUUGGUGGAGAUACCGGGGGGACAAAAAGGCAUUAAAUUGUCUAAAAAUGCUCUACAGCCUGGUUGUAAUACACAAUGUUUCACUAUAUCAGAGUUUUUAUGGAAAAUACAAGGGAAAUUACUACGAGUGGCUUUUGCGUUUUUAACAUCUGCUUUUAACAUUUGCUGCUAUUUUUUACCCCCUUAUAGGUUAGAUGUGAAUAACGAUCUUAUGUCGUUGCAUAUUGGCGACAAAAUUUUAGAAAUAAAUGGUAUGCCCGUCAAAGAUACCUCUUUGGAAAACGUAGAAAAUCUAUUAAGGUAUUCCGAUACGGUGUUACAGUUGACUAUUGAACACGAUCCGCAAACGAUAUCUCAUAAUCUUGCCAAAUUUACAGCUUUAAGACAUUCGAAUGUACCUUUAACUACCACUGCUAGCGAUACCAACAUUCCAAAUAUAAAAACAUUACAAGAUAAUAUUAAAUGUUGCGGCUCUUCAGAUUCUCUCACAGGAUAUCCUAGAGAUGUUUUUAAACCUCCUGAUAGUCCGGAAAAACCUAAUAUCACUGCGAUAAACAAAGAAAGAUUAUUCAAGAGAAAAGACGAGGGUUAUAUGAGCGGAACUAGAUCGAGACAAUUGAGAAGAAAGAAUAAUCUGUCUGAUAAUCAAUGUUUGGAUAAAGAGAGAAGUUCUUCUAUGAGCAGACUAUUAGAUGAGUCGCCGAAUUCAAAGAGAUGCUUGGAAUUAUCGCGAGCUUAUUCGUUUCUGGAACCUAGACCACAACAGAGGGUUUUCAGGGCUUCCGAUUUAGUAAAAGGAGAGUUAUUGGGACAAGGAUUCUUCGGGCAAGUUUACAAAGUAACUACUAGAGAUACGGAAGAAGUUAUGGUAUUGAAAGAACUGUAUAGAGUAGACGAAGAAGCUCAGAAGAAUUUUUUAAAAGAGGUUGCAGUUUUACGAAGUUUAAAUCAUAAUAACGUUCUACGGUUCAUUGGAGUUUUGUAUAAGGAAAGGCGACUCCAUUUAGUGACGGAAUAUAUUUCCGGUGGUACUUUAACUGAUUUAUUACACGAUUCCUGUCAACCCCUACCAUGGGAACAAAGGGUGUCCUUUGCUAAAGAUAUAGCUGCCGGAAUGGCGUAUCUACAUUCGAUGAAUAUUAUCCAUAGAGAUCUCAAUUCUCAUAAUUGUCUCGUUAGAGACGAUAAAACUGUGAUAGUAGCCGAUUUCGGUCUUGCCAGAAUCAUUUCUCACGCUACUAACAGUACAAGAAAAGUAUCGCCCAAAAACCAAACUAAUACCAAACGUCAAGAAAGAAAAAAACGAUACACUGUAGUCGGUAAUCCUUAUUGGAUGGCUCCGGAAAUGAUGAAAGGAAAUAAAUACGAUGAAAAAGUUGAUAUUUUCAGUUUCGGUAUAAUAUUGUGUGAGAUAAUAGGUAGAAUCCAAGCAGAUCCGGAUUUUAUGCCGAGAUCCAACGAUUUCGGAUUGAACCAAAUGGCUUUCAAAGAAAAAUUUUGCUGUUCUUGUCCAGAACCCUUCUAUAAAAUCGCUUUUCUUUGUACAGAUCUCAAUCCCGAUAAACGCCCUCCGUUCGAAGUGAUGGAAGUGUGGUUGGAAUCGCUUUCAAUGCAUCUCAGCGUCGGUAUGCCUCUACCUCCAGAUCUCCUUUUCGACAUCCAACAUUUCCGCGGACUGAGUCCCAGUUCUUCGGGGAGUACCACUCCCGAUGGGAUACCUUCAGGGCAUCGCAGUCCGGCUUUGGAACCGAUCCGCGAAGGCAAAAUGGCCGAUAUGAAGAGGAGCUCCGAGAAGAUAUUCUCGGAUUGUAAUAAGAGUAGAAGUUCCGAUAGGAUUUACGACAGUAGCAGGAAUCGGAGCAACGAAAAAAUUUAUUCCGACGAUGGAAACGGGAAAAGUAAAAGCAACGAGAAUGUCAGAUCAAUUAUGAAAGUCUCGUCUGCGGAAAAUGUUGAUAAACCUGUUAUUACGAUUUGUGAUUUCGGAGAUGGAAAUGGUAAACAAGGAGAAACUGCAUACGUCUCCAAAUCUCCAAACAGUCUCAUGAUUUCCGAUGUAGAAAAAAGUUUCCCCAACUACGAAAAUAUAGAUUUCCUGAAAAACGAUAUGGUAUAUAUAGGAGAUCAAGAAAAACCUAUCGCCAUCGAAAAAUUAGAAUGCGACCCCCCUAGAACCGAAUCGGCUACUACCCCUCACACCGACAACAACCUCAGAGAAAAUAUUUCUCCCCAUUUAAGAAAGAUUCCGAAAAAUUUCACGAGGAACCGUUUAGUGAAGGAGAUGAAGGAAAACCAAGCGCGGGAAGAGAAAAUUAAGUUAAAAAGCUUCGAUGCAGAUCAUGUUGCUAAAGUAUCCAAUUUAAAUUUGAACAGUAUCGGCGUGAGUACCUCACAACCGUCACAAGUGACGGAAAAAUUCGUGAGCAAUUUGAAAAAUGUUAAUCUAAAUAAGAAUCCAAAAUACCAUCGAUCGAUGAGCGAAACCAACGAAAAUCCCGAAAGAAAAUCCAUUUUAACUAGGAGAAGAUACACCAAGGAUUCAGAUAACGUGAGAUUUUUAAAACGAACUCCUAUUUUGAAGAGAAGAUCGCCUACGAAAACCGAAAAUCCGGAAGAAAUUUUAGAAAAACAAUCUCCUGAUUCGGAUUCUAAGGAAAAGUUGAUGGAAAAACCUUCUCUGCUGUCUAAAUUAACUCCUAAUCUACAGAGGCGAACGGGUUUUUUGAAUAUCGAAGAUACGUCGGGUAACGUUAACAAAAAACCGUUUUUAGUAGCGGCCGCCUCCGGAAGUAUCGUAAGGAACAUGGUGGAUAGUUUGAAUAAAAAAAAUCCGUUGAGUUUCGGAAACAGGAGCAGCUUCGGUAGAUGUUCUUUGAAUUUGACAGGUUCCAAUAAAGUUAAUCUUAAAAAAGUCGGUAGAAGUCCCAGUCCGGACGAAUACACAGUUUUGUGAUGAAAAUAAGUCGAAAAUAUCCAUUUCAUAAGUCAAUUCACCACGAUUGUAUCAAUAAUACGAGGUAUUUUAAUUAACACUAUAGAAAUAGGAUGAUACACGCAGUUAGAAUAACUAUAAUUCGUUACAUAACCUCCAAAUAGCUAAAAUCUGAAAUAUUCCAAAUGAAAAAUUAUUUAGUUUGUCCGCGUAAAUUUAUUUAUAUUUAUUGAUCUAAUUUACAUAUACUCACAGUGUCUUUAUUGGUUCUUUUCAGCAGUUGCUUCUACUCAUCUAUUCUCCUAAUUUCCAUUAUAUCCCACUGGAUACGUUCCGGGCUAUUUAUUUAACCCUUAAGUACUACCGUUUAUAAAUAGUGACAUAUCUAAUACUACUGGGUCAAAUAGACCCAAUUUUGAUUUUUUGUUUAAAAAAGGUGGAAAUUUUUUCAAAAAGUUUUAUUGAAAAAAAUGCUAUUAUAAUAUAUGAAAAAACUUAUUUUUUAAUGACAUUAGUUAAAUACAAUUAGAACACAAAUUUCUAGUGCAUUGCUUGCAUAUUGGUAAAUGACAUGUUUCACAAGUAGUAUUGGUUUUUCUGUCAUUUUUAGACGGACAGAUUGCACAUCUCUUUUUUUAGAAGCUAAUCCUCUUUGUUGAGGUUCUGGACGUGUAAGAUUUGCAUUACCCAGUAAGCUCUCCAUUAUAACUUUUAAACUGCGAGGCAGUGUUUUACUUAACCUAUUUUGGAUGUGUGGCACGCAUAAAUCGCGGCCUAAUUUUUUGAUGAACUCGGAUCUUGACAUACUUUUCUGAGCGAACUGAAAAACAACUCUACUAUUGACUCCUAUGUUCAGAAUGGCAUGAAAAAUAGUCAUCGGCCAACGUCUUGUUCUACGGGAAGUGGAAGAAUUCGCACAUUUCUGAUCUAAAGAGUCUACUCCUCCUUUAGUUCUGUUGUAGAAUAAGAAUACUUCUGGUUUUUCAAUUUCAAUCAUCGUACUGUCAAUAAAAUAUCUCCAUCUCUCUAGAGAAGUAAAUGGUGGAUUCUGACGAACAUUUCCUUUCAAGGAAGGUAAAACUUGAAGUAAGUUUGGUGCUAAGGUUUUUCCUCUUUUUGGAGCUUCUUUUGACCAUUUCGUUUUAUCUUUCUUUCCAUACCAAUAAUUUCUCUGUUGAUCAGUUCUUUCUCCUUCUAUUUCAAGUAAUUCAACACAGUCGUCUUUCUGAUUCUAUACAAGUUCGUUAUCACUAGGCACCCAGUCAUCCUCACUAUCUGUAUUGUGUUCACUUAACAGUUCCACAUCUUCUUCUUCCUUGUUACUUUCGUCACCAUAUCCUAAAAGUUCUGUACAUGCCUGCAAUCUAUCUGUUGUCAGUGACUCUUCGCUGGAUUGAUAUUCAACCUGUGACUCAGCGUGGUUUUCUGAUUCCAUGUCUUCCCAGAAAUCAUCACUUUCCACUAUUUAUAACAGUUCUUGAUCAGAAAGUGGAACGUUUCUUUUGUGACUCAUUUUCUUGAAGUAAAAAAACUUGAUUAUACGAAAAUAACCGCGAAACAACCACAAAAAGAAUAUAAUAAUAGACUACACUUUUCAAAAUAAAAUAACGUUUUUGCUACCGUCGGGUCAAUCUGACCCAAUGCCGGCGAUCUAUUGUACUUCAGGUAGCUUAUUUUAUACUGCAACACUCAAACACGCGUCCUCAUAGACAGUCAGGAGAAUACUAAAGAGCGCAUGAAUCAGUUACGAUGAGAAAUACUUAGUUGCCAUGUUUUGAUAACUACACAGGGUAGUACUUAAGGGUUAAGAAAAACUAUAUAACUUGAAAUAUUUCGAAGAAAAAAUCUUUUCGAUUGCUCCCUGUACAUUUUAUUACAUUGUUAGUUUGAUCAAAUUUUGGUAAAAUUUAUAUAUAAACAUGAAAACUAUAUUGUUUCGAUUUAAUGACAAAAAUUCUGUAAUAAGACGUACUUCUACCAAACUCAUUGAUCUCUUUGAAGACACCCUGUAUUAUAAUAAACCUGUUUCUUAUAUUCUUUAAUACGAACCAUAAUCCUCAAUUGUGUUAUCCUAUUUACUGCGCCAGUUUUUGUUACUGUUUAACAGUUUUCCCGUAUAUAACGUAUAUGAAUUUCGACCGAAUUUCCUCAUCUUUUUGACACAACCUACACAAAAAUCCUGUUUUCUUCAUUCUUUGAUAACAAGCAGAAUCUUCCUUUGCAUUGCUAUGAUAUGAAAAUGAUGAUUACAAUGGUUCUUUUGUUUUCAAAUAUAACGAGAUCUUCGUUUGUUUUACAUAAAUUUGUGUUUUUACAACGAGUUUAUCGUAUUAACUGCGCCAAUAAACUCAUAUUGGGAACAUUCUGUAUUAUGAUAAGUAAUCCUCCUUUUGUCUUAAAUAUUUACCAGACUGUUCAUUUGUGCUCUAUAAUCCUCCGCUGUCUUUUUUCUAAGGAUUUUAUCCUAUUGAUUGCGCCAAUUUUGAAUUUUUGCGAUAACCUGAUAAUUUUUGUAGUUUCGGAGACAUUCUGUAAUAUAAAGAUGGUAUGUCUUACAUAAAUGUAUGUUUUUAUUAAGAGUUUAUCCUAUUAACUGCGCCAAUUUUAGAUUUUUGCGAAAACUGAAGAUAAUUUUCGUAUAUUUUUCUUGGUAGAUUGAAUUUUCUGGCAUUAUCGAUUGAAUCUUCUUAUCCUUUUAAAAGAAGCUACCGAAAAACAUAUUCCUGUAUUGUUACAGUUCAAUGACGUAAAAACUCUGCAAUCAGAUGAAAUUCAUAGCUCGUAUUGGGAACAUUCUGUAUUAUAAUAAAUAAUCGUGUUCCUUUGCAUUUAAAAUCUUCAUUUGUGUUUUAUAAUCCUGCAUUGUACUUUUUAAGGAAUUCAUCCUAUUAACUGCGCCAAUUUCGAAUUUUUUACAAAAAUAGAAGAUGAUUUCCUUAUAGUUUUGGAGUAUUAUAAUGAUGGUUUUGAUAUUAUAAUGGUUCUUUGCGAAAACCUGAUAAUUUUUUUUAUACUUUUGGAGACACUUCGUAUUAUAAUGAUGGUUAUGAUGAUUGUAAUGGUUCUUUAGUUUUUAAAUAAAAACAAGACUCUUUUAUGUAUGUUUUUAUAAGGAGUUUAUCCUAUUGACUGCGCUAAUUUCGUGUUUUUACAAAAAGCAGUGGAUACCAUUAUCUAUCUAAAAAUAUUGUUUCUGGAGUCUUUUUAAUCAUUUAAUAUAUAUAUUAACAGUGAUAUAACAAAAUCAUUUUAUUUAUAUUGUUUUUCUAAAAUUUUAUUUGGUUGGUUUUUUAAUUAUUUAUUUACAAAGUUUUAAAAACAGUACAGCGUGUUUAUAAAAAUAAAUUACAUUGCGCUGUAUAAAUUAGCUCUCUUCUCAUUGUUCUUAUUAACUCUAAUCAUGCUGUGAUAAAAUUAGUAUUUAUGUAAAUAUAUAAUCGAAUAAAAUCAUUCCAAGUUUAAAUUUUUUGUUUUAUAAAACGUGCCUAGCAUUUUAAUAUUCUUUAUUGUGAUAUUUAAAUGGCCCCCUACAACUAACUUACCCCCCAUCGUAAAUUUAUUUUCUUAAUUUACACAAAAAAUAUUUGAAAUUGUGGUUUUAUUAAAUUUACAGGUCCGUCAUCGCCAACCAACUGUUUAAAUAUUUAAUUAUUUAUUUAAAUAUUUUCAACUGUCGGUAUGAAAUUUUUCACAAUUCUUAUUAGAAAAAAAAAUUUGAUUGUUGGUGUACUGGUAUGAAUAUCAACAAGUUCUUUUAAUUUUUUUGUAUCGCAUUAAUAUAAAGUUGUAGGUGGCCAUUUCGUGUAGUAUAUUGGGUCCCACAUUUUUUUUAUAUUAAUUACAAAAUAGUUUUACUAGUUUUUAAGUACUGAUAUAUAUUAAUAUUGUAUAUUCAUUUUUUUAAAUAUUGCUAUUAUCUUUUUUAAAUAUUUUUAUCAAGAAAUCUGUAAAUAAAUAAAUUUUUCGCAGUAA